AUGUCCGUUACCACUAAAGCCUUACAAGCUCAUAAUUCCUCUAUAAUUGAGUUGAAAGUGACUCUAAAAGGGAUUCCUAAACUGGACCUUCUUUCUCAAUCUGAUCCACAAGUUUUUUUAUUUUUGAAAAAUCCACAUGGAAAUGACUGGCUAAAUAAUCCACACAGUCAAACAGAACGAAUUGAAAAUGAAUCUAAUCCUAGUUUCGAAACACCUUUUAUUUUAGAAUAUCAUUUUGAGGAAUUACAAAGGAUUAAAUUUAUUGCAGUGGACGUUGAUAAACGUAAUAAUUUAGCUUGGAAUGAACAAGAGCUCAUAGGUGAAUUUGUCACUGAUAUCGGAUCUAUCCUAGGAAAGUCGAAGGGAAUCCUUAAAGGGAAACUUAUUUUAACGAAACAUCCAGGGAAAGAUCGAGGACAGAUUAUCAUUGUUGGUCGUGAACUUCCACCAGAAAAUGGUAAGGCAUUUAGUUUGAAAGUUCAGGGUCGUAAUCUUCAUAUACCGACACUCCUCACUAAGCCUGAUGUAUUUUAUCAAUUGAGUCGCAGAAUUCAAGGAAAUUCAGAUACUCUUAGUAGUAUGGAUGUUCUUAUUCAUAAAAGUGAAAGAUGCAAGUCUAAAAAUCCAGAUUGGUCUAUAAUAAAAUUAUUUGAAAGAGAUUUACAGAAUGAAAACAAUAGGUCACCUAAUGAUGAGGUCAGUUUUACUUGUUGGCAACAUAAACAUGAUGGUAAUCAUAAAUGUAUUGGAGAGCGUGUACUUAAAAUAAAUGAACUCUUAUCAUCGAAUCAUGCUAGUUUUCAACAAAUUUCACUCGUACCUAAAGGAGAAUUAUGGUUACAAUGUACAUUUGAAAAAACAUUUCUUGACUAUAUUGCAGGUGGUCUUGAAAUACAGUUAAGUGUUGCAAUAGACUGA